AUGUCCCAAGCCAUGAAUGAACUUUUCAAUCGCUGGGGCCGGUCUUCGGCCAUGUCUCCGCGAAACUUUCAGUAUGCCUGUGCCGGCAGCGGAAUCCUCUGCUCGAUCUUCUUCCUUGUCAGCUUUGCAGCCUCAGGAUUCCUCCCGCCAGUGAAGCCAUACUGGGAUGCUGAACGACUGGUCAAGCACUACCGCGAUCAUGAGCACGGCAUACAAGCUGGUGCUGCUCUGCUAGUGCUCUCGGGCAUGUUUUACCUUCCCUUGACGGCUGCCAUCUCGGCUCAGAUGCGACGCAUUCCGAACCUCCACUACGUCGUGAGCGCCCUCCAGCUUGCCUCGGGCGCCGCAGGCAUCUUCACCAUAAUAUUGCCAGGCGUAAUCCUAGCCGUCACAAACUACCGACUCGACCGACCUGUGGAGAUCACGCAGGCUCUCAACGACCUCUUUUGGAUCACAGCCUUCCUGCCCUGGCCGACCUUCAUGAUCCAGAACUUUGCCUUUGCGUACGCCAUCAUCAUAGACUCUCGCCCGCGACCGCUGUUUCCGAAGUCAAUCGCCAUCCUCAACAUUGUCGUCCCCAUUCUCUACGUCCCCUCAAUUGCCAUGCAUUGCGUCAAAACAGGACCCCUGGCUUGGAACGGCGGCACCACUUUCUGGAUGGAGGGUGUCAUCUUUUGUGGCCAGCUGAUCAUCGACUCUGUUUGUCUCAUGCGGGCUGUGUAUUCUGAGACCGAGAUGGGAGAAAAGAUCGUGGAUAUCUUUCCAUCUUCACUAAAGGACAACGAACAAAACUUGGAAUAUGGUGGAGGGAGCGCCGCAUAG